AAAUUUCAUCCCAAAAACAAAAGAAAAAAAAGAAAAACAAAAAUUCCAACAAAACGAAAAAGUCGAUUCUUCGCUUUGCCUUGAAAUCUCUCCAAUCCCAAAUCUCAAAACAAAAUUCACCAUCCUCCUCCAUCGUCUCAUUCUCUUUCCUUGCUUAGCGAAUCGCGAGAUCUCGGAAUCGCAUCCUUUGAUUUUGGGAUACUGUCUUGUUUUCGUGUCUUGUUCUUUCUAUGAUUUUCACGUCAAAAAAAAUUCUUAGCUGCUAGGGCUUGAACUGGAGCUUAAUCUUUUCUAACGAGAAUUUUGGGAGCUUUUUUUUUUUUUUUUUGCGUGUUUGGAUUUAGGGUUGUCUGAUUAUUUUGGCUAGAGCGAGAAUGGACAAGUACGAGCUGGUGAAAGACAUAGGUGCUGGGAAUUUUGGCGUGGCCAGGCUCAUGAAGGUUAAAAACUCCAAGGAACUUGUUGCCAUGAAGUACAUCGAGCGUGGUCCAAAGAUUGAUGAGAACGUGGCAAGAGAGAUCAUUAAUCACCGUUCACUUCGUCAUCCCAAUAUAAUUCGCUUUAAGGAGGUGGUGUUGACUCCAACUCAUCUUGCCAUUGCUAUGGAGUAUGCUGCUGGUGGUGAGCUAUUCGAGCGUAUAUGUAGUGCUGGAAGAUUUAGUGAGGAUGAGGCUAGAUAUUUUUUCCAGCAACUUAUAUCAGGUGUUAGCUAUUGCCAUGCUAUGCAAAUAUGUCAUAGAGAUCUGAAGCUCGAGAAUACGCUCCUCGAUGGAAGCCCUGCUCCACGUCUGAAAAUUUGUGAUUUUGGUUAUUCCAAGUCCUCUUUGCUACACUCUAGGCCCAAAUCAACAGUUGGAACUCCAGCGUAUAUUGCACCUGAGGUCCUUUCUCGGAGAGAAUAUGAUGGCAAGAUGGCUGAUGUAUGGUCUUGUGGUGUGACUCUUUAUGUCAUGUUGGUUGGAGCAUACCCAUUUGAAGAUCAGGAAGAUCCCAAAAACUUCAGGAAAACGAUACAAAAAAUUAUGGCUGUUCAAUACAAGAUCCCAGACUACGUCCAUAUCUCACAAGAUUGCAAGCACCUACUUUCCCGUAUUUUUGUUGCCAAUUCUCUUAAGAGGAUAACUAUCGCAGAAAUCAAGAAACAUCCAUGGUUCCUGAAGAACUUGCCAAGGGAACUCACAGAGACAGCUCAAGCUGCAUAUUUCAGGAAAGAGAACCCAACCUUUUCCCUCCAAACAGUUGAAGAGAUCAUGAAAAUAGUGGCUGACGCCAAAACGCCACCUCCUGUAUCUCGGUCCAUUGGAGGUUUUGGCUGGGGAGGUACAGACGGAAAGGAGGAAGAUCCGGAAGACGUGGAGGAUGAAGAGGAAGACGAGGAGGUUGAAGAAGAGGAAGACGAUGAAGAUGAAUACGACAAGACUGUAAAGGAAGUACAUGCAAGUGGAGAAGUUAGAAUCAUUUGAUAUUUUGGCUUUUGGUUUUGGUUUGUGUAAGAUAAAAAGUAUUCUUUGGUGUUUUUGAAACUUGAAAUUCUCUGUUCUCGUGUUUGCCUUUACAAUGCUUUGGGUUUUGGUUUUUAUUAUGGUUUUGGAGAUUUGUAAAAAAAAAUGCAGUAUAAGAAGACCAAACAGAGGUUGAUGAUGAGUCUUUGCUACACAUGGUACUAUGAAUAUUUUGACCUCUGAAUAAUAUUUUGUAAUUAGAUUUUGUUUCUU